AUAAAGCCUGCGCCGCGUUGAAAGAAACCCAGUCACCCUGCAAUUAGACUUUUUGAUUCGAUAAUCAGUCAGCAUAUCAGUGCGAUGCGAAAUCAAUUCUGACAACCCAUGUUUGAUCUUGUUUUUGCUCACCUGUGACAGCUCUUUUCGUGCUCUUUUGACAGGAGUACUUAUAUUGUGAAAUGUUGCCGCCAACUUGACGUUUGUGUGGAGAGUGUUUUUGACGGAUCUGACUGAUCGAUGAUCGUCUCGACUUCAUUUGCUCAAGCCUUCCUUGUGCCUCGUGGAUGGAACGCGCCAUCCUCCCAGUGGCCAUAGGUGCUUCGUUUGGUGGACUGGCGUGGUGGAGGGCUCUUUUGCUUCACGCUGGCCGUGACGCCGCAUCGAGGGCUUUGGUGGAGGUUCUUGGCAAUUACAUAGCUAGUCUGGGGGCCGAGGGUUUCUUGGAUAGCCGUGGACUAGAGAUCAUUUGGCAGUUGGGCGGUGUUUUGAUUUGCAUCUAUUACUGGUCGGAGGUCACUGAAUUGGGUCGGGUCACAUUGCGUUUUCUGACUGGAGUGUUGAGCAUCUGCAGUUUUUUGGUGAGCGCCAUUUACAAGUGGUUGGUCACCUUCACGGCUGAAGACAACACUUUGGAAGUAGAAUUGCUACUGCCUGAGCCGGCACCAGAGCAGGAAGUGGUCUUAACCUGGUGCGGAAUGGCCGCAUUGGUGCCUGGACCCCCAGUUCCAGCAGGUUCCUUUGUGCUGGUGUCACGCCCGCCUGAGUGGGACGAAGUGAACAUAGCUGCAUACUCAGAGAAUCACAGCUCAGCAUUAUGUCGGACCACCAGUUCGGAUGGUACUGCAUGGGUGUGGGUGAUGGUGCAAAUAGCUGGUUUACACAUGCGCAUGCCCCAUGUAGCAGUGAAUGGCGAUCGCCAAGCUCCCGGUGGACUGGCGGAUGGGGACAUCAACUGGGUAUGCAUACCUCCUGCUGGAAUCGCCCAGUGGAAGCCCACCCCGGCAGAGCUGGCCAAUGUCAUAGCAGAGGGCAACUUGGUGAUGUCUCAAUACAAUCCCACCACCACCACAUGGCCUGUGAAUGUCCCAGGAGUGGCAGGACCCCUCCAAGAGGUGACCAUGGCAGCGGUGGGGCCUGUUGGUCCCGUGGGAGGAGGAGGCGUGGCUUUGGGCGCGGCGCCGCCCGCGGCAGCAGGGCUGGGUGUAGGAGGAGCUGGCGGUGGGACAGGGGAGCCAGACAUGCGGGCGCUCGAGGCGGCCGUGCAUCAACUCCAGGAGGUCAUCACUCUGGCGGAAGUACUGGAUGCAGUGAAUCGCAAGGAGAUCGCCCAGGCCUUGGACAUCAUCAGCCAACGCAUUCUGGCCAUCCAGCAGGCCCGGCAGAAGGGGGGCUCGUGGGAAAAGUCGGAGGCGAUCGAAUUGGUGGACACUCGGAAGACCUUGGCCAGCACUUCGAUGCUGGCGUUGACGAACAUUGGUUUGAAGCGGGAUGCUCUUUCUGGCUCAGCCUCUUGGGAUGACAGGGCUAGCUUUUGGGGUGGAAAUGUCAUGGUGGCUGCUCUAAAUUGGUUGCAUGGAGGGCAGCAGGCUUUCACGACGAUGGUGCCUACUGCCGCUCAUGGACGGGUGCAUUCUAGGUUGGAGGGCGCCCUGAGGGCUCUCGUGAUGAAUGACGAGCCUACUUUGGGUCCGGAGAGGCUGGAUUCUUUUUUGAGGCAGACUCAGCAUUACACUGGGACCGGUGUGGUGCUGGCGCUUGGGGCACGAGGUGGUGUGCCGGACAAAGCAGCUGACGUUGCGCUGGCUGAUGAACUGGCGCCCCAUUUUCCAGACUUGGCAAGGCAGGUUACAUCUCCAUCGUGCCUGCUAUUGCCGGCAAAGAAGAGGCCCAGGAAGGUGCGAAAGGGCUACACCUGGGUGUCCUCUACGUACCCCGAGUUAGUGCGCAAGAAUGUCAAGGCGGGUCUCCAGAAACUCAAACAGGAACACCAGGUGGCGAAGCAUGGUGGUCGUUUGUUGUUGGCUGGAGCAUUCGCUGUAGUCAAAGACGACAAGGAAGAUAGAGUCAUUACAGAUCCGUCGGUGAACCAGCUUCUGAAUGAGGAUAGUUUGCCAAGACCUAGGUUUGCAUACAUACCAUCGCUUCGUUCGGUCACGGUGCCUUCCUCGGGAGUUAUCAAGAUCACCAAGAGGGACGCACGGCAUUAUUUCCAUCGGCUUCGAAUAGGCAGACGCUGGGGGCGCUGGUUGUGCUCUCCGCCAAUUUCGCUGCCAUCUCAGUCGGGGCCUCGGAAUCGGAAGUGGUAUCCGGCGGCGCAGGCCACCCCAAUGGGUUUUGGACCGUCAGCGGGGUGGGCUCAGGCCUUGACGGACGCUGUAGCCAUAGAAGCUGGUCUCCCUCAAGAACACCGUCUUCAUCCUGAUUUCACUGUUCCUGAAGAGCUUCCAAUUUGGGGUUCCAUUAUCGACGACAUUUGGGCCAUCGAACACGGCGAUGAAGCCGCUGCUUCAGGUGUUGGCGUGGAUUGGAUGAACCGCGCAGAGGAGGCCUUGGCCGUGCCUAUGGAUGGGCACCAACUACGGUGGCUGAUGCCAUCACUUGGGCGGCAGAAGAUCGCUUGA